GACGCCUACAACACCGUGGUGCGGUAUUUCGGCGAGAGCCCCAAGACCACCCCGCCGUCUGUCUUCUUCCCGGUCUUUGUCCGCUUCAUCCACUCCUACAAGGACGCGGAGCAGGAGAACGAGACGCGCAAGAAGCAGGAGGAGGUGAUGCGGGAGAAGCUGCUGGCACAGGAGGCGAAAAAGCAGGAGAAGCCCGAAGGUGGAUCCGCCUGUAGCCCAGCAAGGCAAAGGAGCCCGACCGGGGGGCAGGGGAGGACCUGGGGCUGCCUCAGCCCCUCCUCACCCCCCUCUGCCCCCCAAGUGCCCCGUGAGGCUCCGUCCUGCCCUGACACCGCGUGGGACAGGGCCAAAAUGUGCCACCAUUCCCACAGGUGACAUCCCUGUGCCCGGGGAGACCCUGCAGCCCCUGCCCACCCAAGGCAGAGGCCAAAUCCAUCUCUGGUGGAGCCCCAGCAUCAGGAGCUGAUUCAUGGGGUGCUCCCCUCCCUGUCAGGGUCCCCCUGUUCACUGGGGGGGCUCAGAGCCCCCAGCCCCACUGCAGGGACCAGAGGGACCCCUCCACCCCGCGCUCGACACUUUGACCACUGAUGUGAACACUAAGUGCCAAAAAAAAGGGACCAAAGCCAGGCUGGGGGGGCACUGGAGAGGGGCAGGAUGGUGCCCCCCACCCCAGGACCCCCCUGACCAUUCCCCCCACCACGGUGACUUUUUGUACAUGUGAAAUAUAUGGAGUCUUUUACA